UGCAGCAGCACAAGGUCUUCAGAUUUGAUCAUGGAAAAAUCUAAAAAUCAGUCACCCUCUUCACCUUCAGCUGCUCCAACACCACAAGUACAGAGGCCGUGCAAACUUCCAGACAACUGCAGGAAGGAUGCAGUAAAGAUCUACACUUACUGCACAGCUGAGACCUUCGGGGCCGACAAAGAUGUGCUGUACCAAGUUGUAAACUUGUCUCAACAGCUACUGGUGGAGAGCACAGACCUACAGAAAUGCAACACUGUCAUUGUUUUCUGCCCAAUCAACUCUUGUGUUAGGUCAGAUGUGGAGGCAGCCAUGGCUAAAGCACCAGGUAAUAAAGACAUCAUCCUGGUUGUGAUGCACCAUACCCGAAAGACAGACUACUCAACAAGUGAUACAGAGUGGUCUCAAAUAUUUCCAAAUGUCAUCCUGCAUGUUGAUGUUCUCUUUCAUGAGACUGAGAGAGGAUUACUGAGAUGUCAGAAGAAUGAACAGGCAAUCUGUCAGAUACAACAAAAACUACAGGACAUUAGCAAACCAACCAACACUGUGGGAGGACUGGGUCUUUUGGCCCCGUUGUUAGUGGCACAGGCGCAGAAACCUAACACUGCAGAUAGUAGCAAAUGUCUGAUUCUGUAGUAACACAGCUCGGACACUGACAAUGAAAAAAACGGUGUAGUAGGGACUAGAACAACUAACGAUUUACACUUUGCAUGAAAAAGGAUAAACCUGAAUAGUCUAAAUGAACAACAUAUUACUAAUUACAAUGUUGAAUCUUUACAAUAUGAGAUUUAAUGUCACAACCAAACGAAUGAAAAUGCUGAUACUAUAAGUGUUCAUAUCAAAGUGAAUGAUUGAAUAAAGUCUCGUGAUAAUAUGAGUCCUCAGUUUCCUUUGUGGUAACACUUUAUUUU